AUGGACAAGCUGAAUGCCGUGAAAGAGGAGAAGGGCAUAAGUCUGAUGAAGCUCAUCAUCGACAAGUCUCAGUACAACCACAACUUCCCCGUUCUCCCUCCGUUGCAUGAACAAAUCAAAUCUGAAACUGAAGCUAGCGAUGACGAUGAUGUGACUCCGAGCACCCACCCGCCUAAGAGGCCACCACGUUUGCCUACCACUGCCACUGCCAUCACCAUCACCGCUCCAAGUCAGCGGGUCAUAGGUACGACGUCAUCGGCACCGCCGGGUUUCACUCCUGUGAUGUCACCUAGGAGCACCGUUGCUGGCAACAACGAGCUUUCCAGGCCGCAGAUACAGGAUGCAUUCAGGGAGCUACGCCUAGCCAAGGAAAAUCUUGCGUCGGAGCAAGCUGCACGUGCCAAGGCGCUGGAGGACUUGGAAGCUGAACAGAGCAAGACGCGCCAACUCACAGGUCAGCUACAGGUGGUGCAAGCUGAGCGCGACAAGGCGCUUAUGCAGCUCAAGGAGAUGGGAGCCGAGUUGACGGUGCGCUGGGCCGAGCACACGGCCAGGGUCCGCCAACUCGAAGCCGAGCACGCGACCAAGGUUAGCCACUUGACGCAGCUGCUUCGGACGGAGGAAGGCAUGCAUAUGGCCAAGGUCCAGCGACUGGAAUCGGAUCUUGAGGCGGCGCAAGCUGAGGUCGCCAAGGCGCUUGGGCAACUCAAGGAGAUGAGAGCUGAGUUGACAAAGGCACAGGCUGAGGAUACAGACAGGGUCUGCCAACUUAGAAAUGCCUUUCAGGCGGCGCAAGCUGAGGGAGCCAAGGCGCUUGGGCAACUCAAGGAGACGAGAGCUGAGUUGACAAAGACACAGGCUGAGCAUACAUACAGGGUCUGCCAACUUAGAAAUGCCUUUGAGGCGGCCGAAGCUAAGCACGUGACCAAGGUCAACCGUCUCGUGGAGGAGCGCAAGGAAGUAGAAGCCAACCUCCAGCAGUUGGCAGAGGAACUCGAGGCAGAGAAAGCAAAGCACGCUGCCGAGGUGAACGCCAUUAGAGCACAGUGCUACUCCCAGAUCAAGGCUGACGCGAUCAAGUGCAUCAAUGAGCUGAUGCCCGAGCCACUUCCUGUUAUGGGGGUGGCUGGGAGCAAGGUGGCUGACAUCAACUUCCUAGAGGAAUCAGCAGGGGUGGCUGGGAGCAAGGUUGCUGACUGCAUGCUCCUAGAGGAACCAGCAGCAAUCAAGCAAGUCGAGUUGAUGGGUGGUGAGAAGACUCACGCCUGUGAGACUGAUCCUGUCCACAGCCUCCUUCACUUUGAAAGGCCUAUCAACAAGAACAAGAUGGAUGCAGUCAAGGUCAUUGAGGCCAGCACCAAGCCAGCAUGCAAGACCAAGAACACUGUCACCAAGAAAGCAGCAGCAUCAGAGGAAGUGGAGGAGCUGAUGGCAGCAUGA